CAACCCCGUACUCGUGGGGCUACAGUCUCUUUUUAAUGUUUCACUAUACUGCUUUGUAGGGGUAUCUAUUGAGAUUAGAGAUCCAGGUAUAAUUAAAUAUUUUUUCUUUUAAAGGCAAGGAUAAACAUCCCUCAAGGACCAGUAUUAUUUUAGAGUUACGGAGCCAAAGGCAGCUUUGACUGUUUUUGUUUCAGAGAUGUCAGUCCCUCUGACCUGUAUCUUAUAACACUUCAAAAUAUAUCAUGUUUUUAUAAGCAUCUCCUAUCUUGAGAGGUUAUGGCUUCAAAAAACAACAUCACAAAUCACAGCCUCUCUAAAAAUGGAUUUAAGAACCGAAAUCAAAUAUGUCAGUAGCCACCUGCUGGGCACACCCUGGUUCAAUCAUUGUAAUUUGUCAACGUAUUAUGACCAGGAAUCAGGGCCUAAAACAACCUUUUUUGUUUUCCAAGCACUGGCAGGUAGAUAUAUUUUUUUUAUCUACCAGCCACUAUAAUCUACCAGACACUAUAAUCUACCAGACACUAUAAUCUACCAGACACUAUAAUCUACCGGCCACUAAUCUACCAGACACUAUAAUCUACCAGCCACUAUAAUCUACCAGACACUAUAAUCUAUCAGACACUAUAAUCUACCAGACACUAUAAUCUACCGGCCACUAAUCUACCAGACACUAUAAUCUACCGGACACUAUAAUCUACCGGACACUAUAAUCUACCAGACACUAUAAUCUACCAGACACUAUAAUCUACCAGGCACUGUAAUCUACCAGACACUAUAAUCUACCGGACACUAUAAUCUACCGGACACUAUAAUCUACCAGACACUAUAAUCUACCAGACACUAUAAUCUACCAGACACUAUAAUCUACCAGACACUGUAAUCUACCAGACACUGUAAUCUACCAGACACUGUAAUCUACCAGCCACUAUAAUCUACCAGCCACUAUAAUCUACCAGCCACUAUAAUCUACCAGCCACUAUAAUCUACCAGCCACUAUAAUCUACCAGCCACUAUAAUCUACCAGCCACUAUAAUCUACCAGUCACUAUAAUCUACCAGCCACUAUAAUCUACCAGACACUAUAAUCUACCAGACACUAUAAUCUACCAGACACUAUAAUCUACCGGCCACUAAUCUACCGGCCACUAUAAUCUACCAGACACUAUAAUCUACCAGACAUUAUAAUCUAUCAAACAAUAUAAUCUAUCAGACACUAUAAUCUACCAGACACUAUAAUCUACCGGCCACUAAUCUACCAGACACUAUAAUCUAUCAGACACUAUAAUCUACCAGACAAUAUAAUCUACCAGCCACUAAUCUAUCAGACACUAUAAUCUACCGGCCACUAUAAUCUACCAGACACUAUAAUCUACCAGACACUAUAAUCUACCGGCCACUAAUCUACCAGACACUAUAAUCUACCGGCCACUAUAAUCUACCAGACACUAUAAUCUACCGGCCACUAAUCUACCAGACACUAUAAUCUACCGGCCACUAAUCUACCAGACACUAUAAUCUACCGGCCACUAAUCUACCAGACACUAUAAUCUACCGGCCACUAAUCUAUCAGACACUAUAAUCUACCAGACACUAUAAUCUACCGGACACUAUAAUCUACCGGCCACUAAUCUACCAGACACUAUAAUCUACCAGACACUAUAAUCUACCAGACACUAUAAUCUACCAGACACUAUAAUCUACCAGACACUAUAAUCUACCGGCCACUAAUCUACCAGCCACUAUAAUCUACCAGCCAAAAUAUUUGUUUCCACCAUAAUUACACCAAAAAAUAGAUGAGCACGCUUAGCAAUGUUUCUAAAACAUGAAAUGUAUUACUAGUAAGAAGUGAUGUGGUAUAUUGCUCGAUUUUAAUCUAAUAUUCUGUGAUCUGAGUCUUCUAACCAAAAUAUCACAGACAAAAUGUUUCGGCUGCUGCUUUGAGCCAGCAGUAUACCGCCCUGCACCCCACUGCUGGCUGGCCUCUGAAGCUAAGGUUGGUCCUGGAUGGGAGACCAGAUGCUGCUGGAGGGCCAACAGGAGGCACUGUUUCUUUCCUCUGGUCUAAAACAAAUUUCCAAAUGCCCCAGGGCAGUGAUUUGGGACAUUGCCCUGUGUAGGGUGCUGUCUUUCGGAUUAGACGUUAAACAGGUGUCCUGACUCUGUGGUCACUAAAGAUCACAUUGCACUUAUCGUAAGAGUAGGGGUGUUAACCCUGGUGUCCUGGCUAAAUUCCCAAAUCUGGCCUUCAUACCAUCACGGUCACCUAAUAAUCCCCAGGUUACAAUUGGCUGAUUCAUCCCCCCUCCUCUCCCCGUAACUAUUCCCCAGGUCAUUGCUGUAAAAUGAGAAUGUGUUCUCAGUCAACUUUACCUGGUUAAAUAAAAAAUGAAGGUUACCUUUGUAACAGGGCCACUGGAGUCAUCCAGUGAGUCUCACUAGUAGAGGUCUCUCAAACAUUGAUUUGUUCUCAAGCUAGGUUGCUUUUCAAUGUAAAUAGCCAAGAAACACAAGAACAAAGUCUCACUUUAGUAGACUUUCGAGUAUAUUAGACCCAAGUUUUAUGCCUGUACGCAAUUCUUCUAAAAACAAAUCUUUCAGCCCUUCACUCACAGUGCUCACAGCAGCCCCCCAGACACACAAAUGCUCUUCAAUCAUCUUGAAAUAACAUAUACUUAAACACUGGAAAUCAACCAAUCAACCAAAGGUCAAAUGUUUUAUUAUCUAAAUGUUGAAAGUGCGUGGGCAACAGAGAGAAACACAAUUGUGCAGUUUGAGGCCAUUUGGCAGAGAGGAGAUGGGGGGGUGUGAGUAGGUGGGUCUGGGCAGGGUUAUGUGCAUGUAGGUGUGCAUCUGUAUGUUGUAGUUUGUAUGUGUAUGUUUUAUAUUGUACAAUAUUUUAACAAUCGUACAAAAAUAUAUUACAUAACAGAAAUUCCAGUAACUUCUGAUUAAAUAUAGAAAAUCACAUUUUGGAGUAAAACGCCAUGCUAUCAUGCUAAACAACCCACAUGCCAAAUUCCUGAUCACAUCAUUCCAUCCACAAAUGAAUGAACAAUGUGAUCCACACAUGCAGAUGCUAUUUCCUGUUCCCCAGGCAGCACACAGACGCAGGGGCAGCUACGAUAGAGGAGUUAACAGAACAACAAUAAGGAACUGUCCUCCUCUCAGGGAUCAUAAAAUAACAACUAUUCCCCACAGUGCUGCACGGGCCACGUCCACAUCUGGUGUUUGGGAGGGGUGAGAGAGGUCUGACUGUGAGAAGCCUGGGCUGGUGUUUGGGAGGGGUGAGAGAAGUCUGACUGUGAGAAGCCUGGCCUGGUGUCUGGGAGGGAUGAGAGAGGUCUGACUGUGAGAAGUCUGGGCUGGUGUCUAGGAGGGGUGAGAGAGGUCUGACUGUGAGAAGCCUGGGCUGAUGUCUAGGAGGGAUGAGAGAGGUCUGACUGUGAGAAGCCUGGGCUGGUGUCUAGGAGGGAUGAGAGAGGUCUGACUGUGAGAAGUCUGGGCUGGUGUCUAGGAGGGGUGAGAGAGGUCUGACUGUGAGAAGUCUGGGCUGGUGUCUAGGAGGGAUGAGAGAGGUCUGACUGUGAGAAGCCUGGGCUGGUGUCUGUGAGGGGUGAGAGAGGUCUGACUGUGAGAAGCCUGGGCUGGUGUCUAGGAGGGAUGAGAGAGGUCUGACUGUGAGAAGCCUGGGCUGGUGUCUAGGAGGGAUGAGAGAGGUCUGACUGUGAGAAGUCUAGGCUGGUGUCUAGGAGGGAUGAGAGAGGUCUGACUGUGAGAAGCCUGGGCUGGUGUCUGUGAGGGGUGAGAGAGGUCUGACUGUGAGAAGCCUGGGCUGGUGUCUGGGAGGGAUGAGAGAGAUCUGUCUGUGAGAAGCCUGGGCUGGUGUCUAGGAGGGAUGAGAGAGGUCUGACUGUGAGAAGCCUGGGCUGGUGUCUAGGAGGGAUGAGAGAGGUCUGACUGUGAGAAGCCUGGGCUGAUGUCUGGCAGGGAUGAGAGAGGUCUGACUGUGAGAAGCCUGGGCUGGUGUCUGGGAGGGAUGAGAGAGGUCUGACUGUGAGAAGCCUGGGCUGGUGUCUGGGAGGGAUUAGAGAGGUCUGACUGUGAGAAGCCUGGGCUGGUGUCUGUGAGGGGUGAGAGAGGUCUGACUGUGAGAAGCCUGGGCUGGUGUCUAGGAAGGAUGAGAGAGGUCUGACUGUGAGAAGCCUGGGCUGGUGUCUAGGAAGGAUGAGAGAGGUCUGACUGUGAGAAGCCUGGGCUGGUGUCUAGGAGGGAUGAGAGAGGUCUGACUGUGAGAAGCCUGGGCUGGUGUCUAGGAGGGAUGAGAGAGGUCUGACUGUGAGAAGCCUGGGCUGGUGUCUAGGAGGGAUGAGAGAGGUCUGACUGUGAGAAGCCUGGGCUGGUGUCUAGGAGUGAUGAGAGAGGUCUGACUGUGAGAAGCCUGAGCUGGUGUCUAGGAGGGGUGAGAGAGGUCUGACUGUGAGAAGCCUGGGCUGGUGUCUAGGAGGGAUGAGAGAGGUCUGACUGUGAGAAGCCUGGGCUGGUGUCUAGGAUGCAAUGUAUCAACAUGUUAUCUCAGCCUCAUUUCUAAUAUUUGUUUUUGUAAUGCUUUUUAUUUUCAAAUUAAACGACGGGUAUCUCAGCUCCUAUUGGGUUGACAUUAUAAAACAAUAAGAUAGAUGUUCACACUAACAUACCAAGAUGAUCAGUCCUUCAGCCAUGCUCCAUCUGCAAAUAACUCAUGACAUUACUGUAUGGAUUGGCUAUGUCUAUGUACAUUGUCGUUUUAGUUCAAUAUAUUUGAUAUGAUAUUCUGUGAUGAUAGUCUCUGACAGUUGUAGGAGGGCUGUGCAGUGCUAGCAAUGUGAAAGUGAUGUCAGCCCAGACGUCCCUGCUGACCGCAGCGCAGGGUGAAGUUAUGAUAACCUCUGGAGCGGAGCGCUGGCUGGGCCGGGCUACCCAGGGGCCAGGGGAGGGCCAGGAAGGAGUCACAGCGUAGGAAGUGUGCCUCAGCGUUUAUAAACAUGGUCCUCAGGGUCACCCUUUACAUAGAUACAGGACUACUGACAAAGAGAAUUUGACUCUGGUUCGUUUUAAACUUUAGUAACCUAAGAGAUUACUCAUUUUGAGGCUUCAGCACUUUGUGAGAGAGCACCAAGAGAGCUUUUGAGGGAGGGAAAUUCCCCUGAGAAACCAAAGAGACCUCCAUUGACUUUUCAAUACCCUCGUCUUGACCACACCGACAUCCAGCAGAGAUGUACAGCAGCAACAGCUACUCACAGGCCAAGUUUGGCCUGGAGGCCAAGGACAUUCACAAGCCAAAGGGAAAGAGCUGCGGCUAUUACAUGAGGGUGGUCUUCUUCUUCUCCUCUCUGAUCCAGUCCCUCAUCAUCGUGAGCCUGGUGCUGUUCCUGGUCUACGGCCAGCCAGAGAAGUCUGCUGAAGAGAGGAGAGUAGAGGAGCUGGAGCAGAGUUUGAACAGGAUCAGCGAGAACAACAUUAACCUGAGGAAGGAUAAAGCUGACCUGGGAGCUGCGCUGGGGGCCAGGAAGGCUGAGAAGACAGCCCUGGAGGGAGAGGUGGCCGUGCUGAAGAAAGCAGCUAAUGCCUCCGGGGAGCAGAUCAAAGCCCUCAUACUGAAAGCGAACCAGUGUGAAGCAGACAAGAAGAAAAUAGAGAUGAGCCGUGCUACCCAUGUCCGGGUUCCCACCACCUCUUUUCAAAACCCUUUCAUCGCCGCUACUGCUAACACUGAGGUAAAAACCCUCCAGUCUCUGACCUCCCAGCAGGCAGCAAUGAUCAAACUGAUCAAAGCCAACUUCACCCAGACCAGCCAGUACAUCCGCAUCGAGAGGGACAAUGCCAUCAAGGACCGUGACGCCCACAACCUUGAGAACAUCUCUUUGCGGAGGGAGAACAACAACCUGAAGGAACACCUGACACUCUACACCCAGAAGUGUAAAGAGGACUUUGCCAAGUCUCUGGAGGGGAUCCAAAUGGUGACCAGUAACUUCCUGGUGCGCAUCGACAACCUGUUCCCCCACUCCAUGACCUUUCACCUGACCUGCGAGAAGCAGACAGAGCAGAUGUUGAACAUCAGGGCCAGAUGCUCCAACCUGUCUAAAGAGGUGGAGGACAAGUUCCAGAAAUAUCUGGACAACGUGGGGAACAAGGUGGCAAACAUCCAGGCCCAGUCCAGUAGCCUGGAGGUCCAGAACAGCCAUCUGACUCUUGACCUCCAGCAGUGUCGUCAAAACCGCAGCGUGACAGCGGCGGAGGGCAGCAGGCUGCUGCUAGAGAUCCGGGAGAACCACGACAGGCAGGUAGAGACCCUGCUGAAGGAACAGAACCGGCUGAGGGAGGAGAAGAGCCUGCAGGGAGAGAGACUGGUUCUGAAGGAGGCUGAGGUCAAAACACUCAACGGGAAUGUCGAGUCACUCACCAGCGCUCUAACCAACUGUAACCCAAAGGGGGGGCCAUCAAUGCAACUCGCCGGCUCAAAGCCUACUGGACUGAUGUCAGCCUUGAAGGGGGGGCCAUCCAUUGCAGCACCAGUGAUCAGUAAACCCCACUUGGUGAGGUGAGGAGAGACGGGUGUGAGGAAGAUGCCCCACUCAUACAGCUCUACCUAGGCCAUGACAGAGUGAGACAAUGAAAGCACUUACUGUUAUGGUCCCUGGAGAAUUGGGCGUGGUGCCUUUCAGUGAUCAAUGUGUGCUCUUAGACCUUAAAAUGUCCAUGUGUAAAUACUGCAGACACACUAUAGGUUGUAUCUACUGUUCUACAUCAUGUACACUGAACAAAAAUAUCCUUGCAACAUGUGAAGGUGUUGGUGCCAUUUUUCAUGAGCUGAAAUAAAAGAUCUCAGAAAUGUUCCAUAUGCACAAAAAAAUGUAUUUCUCUCAAAUUGUGCACAAAUUGGUUUACAUCCGUGUUAGUGAGCAUUUCUCAUUUGCCAAAAUAAUCCAUACAACUGACAGGUGUGGCAUAUCAAGAAGUUGAUUAAACAACAUGAUCAUUACACAGGUGCACCUUGUGCUGUGGACAAUAAAAGGCCACUCUAAAAUGUGCAGUUUUGUCACACAACACAAUCCCAAGUUUUGAGGGAGCGUGCAAUUUGCAUGCUGACUGCAGGAAUGUCCACUGGAGCUGUUGCCAGAGAAUUGAAUGGUAAUUUGUCUACCAUAAGCCACUUCCAACGUCAUUUGAUCGAAUUUGGCAGUACAUCCAACCGGCCUCACAACCGCAGACCACGUGUAACCACGGCAGCCCAGGACCUUUACAUCUAGCUUCUUCAAGGGAUCCGCUGAGGAGUAUUUCUGUGGGGAAAAACUCAUUCUGAUUGGCUAGGCCUGGCUCCCCAGUGAGUGGACCUGUCUUCCAAAUGGGUGGGCCUAUGCCCUCCCAGGCCGACCUAUGGCUGUGCCCUUGCCCAGUCAUGAAAUCCAUAGAUUAGGGCCUAAUGAAUAUUCCUUCUAUGAAGUGUAACUCAGUAAAAUCGUAGAAAUUGUUGCAUGUUGCGGUUAUAUUUUUGUUCAGUCUAAAAACGGUAUCUACAAAUGUACACUGAGUGGACAAAAUAUUAUGAACACCUGCUCUUUCCAUGACGUAGACUGACCAGGUGAAUCCAGGUGAAAGCUAUGAUUCCUUAUUGAUGUCACUUGUUAAAUCCACUUCAAUCAAUGUAGAUGAAGGGGAGGAGACAUGUUACCUUCAACUCAAUAUCAGGACGGUGUCCUUAAUGUUUUGUACACUGUGUAUACAGUACAUAUCGCUUUUAAAUGUAAUUAAUUUAAUAAUUAAUUUAAUAGGAUUGACUUUAUCCUUGUAAUUCCACUUGUAUUUGAUUGCUGAGUUUAGGAUGGGAAUUCACCGUCUACUGGAAGUCACCGUCUACUGGAAGUCACCGUCUACUGCGAAAAGCGUUUGUGUUCUCCUUUUACUUUAUACUCAGGCUAAAGAAAAAUAAAUGUGUACAAAUAAAGUUAAUGUGAUUUUCUAAGACGCUAUUCAAUUUUUAUUAAAUGUUUCUGAAAGUGUGUUGGUUUUGAGAAAAUAAAAGUUUGAAUUUGCAGUUCUUCAAAAAAUAA